AUGAGAAACCACAGUGUUGUUUCGGAGUUCAUCCUCCUUGGGCUGUCUGCUGACCCCCAGAUCCAGGUUCUGCUCUUUGUGCUGUUCCUUGUUAUUUACCUCCUGACCCUGAUGGGGAACCUGAUGCUCCUGCUGGUGAUCAGGGCUGAUUCACACCUCCACACCCCCAUGUACUUCUUCCUGGGACAGUUGUCCUUCCUGGAUCUCUGCCACUCCUCUGUCACUGUGCCCAAGCUGUUGGAGAACCUUCUGUCUGAGAAGAAAACCAUCUCAGUAAAGGGCUGCCUGGCUCAGGUCUUCUUUGUGUUUGCCACUGGGGGCACUGAAUCCUGCCUGCUUACUGUCAUGGCCUAUGACCGCUAUGUUGCCAUCAGCUCCCCUCUGCUCUAUGGCCAGAUGAUAAACAGACAGCUGUGUAUGGGGCUGGUGUGGGGCUCAUGGAGCUUGGCUUUUCUGGAUGCUCUUAUCAAUAUCCUUGUAGCUCUCAAUUUAGACUUCUGUGAGGCUCCGAAUAUACACCACUUCAGCUGUGAGCUGCCGUCUCUCUACCCUUUGUCUUGCUCUGAUGUGUCUGCAAGUUUUACUGCCCUGCUCUGCUCCAGCCUCCUGCAUUUCUUUGGAAAUUUCCUCCUGAUAUUUUUCUCCUAUGUUCGCAUUUUAUCCACCAUCCUGAGAAUUAGCUCCACCACAGGCAGAAGCAAGGCCUUCUCCACCUGCUCCUCCCACCUCACUGCAGUGAUCUUCUUUUAUGGCUCAGGGUUACUCCGCUAUCUCAUGCCAAAUUCAGGAUCCACUCAAGAGUUAAUCUUCUCCUUGCAGUAUAGCGUGGUCACUCCUAUGCUGAAUCCUCUCAUCUACAGCCUGAAGAACAAAGAGGUGAAGGCAGCUGUGAGAAGAAUUUUGAGAAAAUGUGUCUAG